UGUCCAUUGCAGAUCACGGCCUUUCUGUGCGUUGGGCAUCAAAAUUGCUGGACUGGCAUUCGAUGAGGGGAUCUCGCCACGCAGUAAAGACAGCGUCGCUACGCAGCCUACUAUAGACUGUACGUCCAACGAGAAUGGAGGAGCCGUGCUACACAUGUCGACGCCGGCGCAUUCGCUGCGACCAGUCUCAAUCUCCUUGCGUUAAGUGCGCGACAAGUGGCUAUCAAUGCUUUGCUUCUAGACCUCUGAGAUGGGUUGAAGGCCUAGCGAUACGGGGGAAGCUGCGGGGCGUAUCAUUGGCAACCAAAUCAGCUAGUCCAGCUAAAAAAGCAAAACCUCGAAAAGAGUCAGACUCAAGUGAAGACAGUCUUGCAUCGGCGAGUGAGUCUGCUCUUUCCGUUGUGCGGUCUCCCGAAAGUCAGGUCACCCCAUCGGAACCUGUAAUCAGCAUACCACCGACUAUAGGCGAUUUUGCCAUAUCUGACCUGGACGCAGUCUCCAGGUACUACUUGGAUUACUAUAAUGAAAGCAUAUGUGGACUCUUCAUCGUUUACGACAGCGAUAGGAAUCCUCUUAGGGCCCUAAUGUCACUUGCGCUGCUUGACCGCACGCUGCUCAAGUCCGUACUGGCUCUUGCAGCGCGACACAGGGUGAAUCGACAUUGCUUGUUCCGUGAUCUCACUGUCAAUGCAUCUUCCGAUCAAAAGAUUGCAAACUCUGACGCGCUUCGCUUCAAAUAUCAAGCCAUACAAGGGAUUGCACAGGCCCUGGGUGAUGCGAAAUCACGGAACAGGGAUGAGACAGUGGCAAGCAUAUUCCUCCUAGUAUUUCUCGAUCUUCUGGAGUCUGGAAGUGAUCGAUGGAAUGUCCACCUAGAAGGUGCCAAAAGAUUGUUGGAACCCAGUACACCUGACUCGCAGGCUGUUUCCAGACACAAUUCCGGACAAACGAUAGAGGAUCUGCGUAAUUUUCUUGCUAGUCAGAUUUACUCCAUCGAAACCUUGGGUGGAACCUUUGUACGCCCAAAGUUAUUGUCACAGUAUGAUUUGCUUGGGGGCCCACAAUUCCAAGAGACCGUCGAGCAGUCAUUCCUUGGAUGUCCAGAAUACCUACUGGACGCUAUACGGUAUCUCUCUGCACGAAGAGACACAAUUGCCAGCUCCGAAUGCCAUGAUGACUCCACCUGGAGCUACUUCAUUGAGGAUACUAUAUCGAUGGUAAACUUCAUCCAGCAAUUCGACUGUACCGUAUGGGCUUCGUCGCUACCAUAUCUGGGCACCACCCCUCCAAGAGAUACAAGCUCUCUUUGCACAUUGGCGCAAUCAUACAAGAUAGGAGCUCUAAUAUAUGGAAAACGCGUCCUUGGCGCUCUCACUAAGGAGUGUUUACCACUGGAGGACCUGCUCCAGGAGUUGCUUGCCACGAUUGAAAGCCUGCAGAACAAUGAGUCCUUGUACAAAUGCAUCCUCUGGCCCAUAAUAAUUGCUGGUCUUGAAUGCCGACGACAGGAGCAAAGAGACUCUGUGCGGACUUAUAUGGAAAGUUUCUGGGAGCAGACCAAGUGCGUGAAUGUGAUUAAUGCUUCCAAGAUUAUAGAAGACCGCUGGCAGCGAUGCGACGGUGCAGAACCUUCACACUGGAUAUUCUCAAUUGGUCACUUGGGCCGUGACUGGCUUUUGAUUUGAGCGUUGGCUCGGACAGGCGCACAAAGACGGAGCUGACAGCACUGCAG